AUGGGAGCCUCGGAGUCGAAGCUAGUCUUCAAACAAGGAAUCUUCCGCCUUUCAGAGGAGAAGGAUAUUCCAGCGGACGAUCCCUACUGGGCCAGAUUCUGGGAGCUCCCAGAGUCAACAGAGGAUGUCUUCAGUUUAUUCACCCCCGCGGACAUACGACGAACUCGCGACCAUGCCUUAUCAAACUUCGAAACGUUACUGCUUUCAGCUACAUCUCGUCUCAAUAUCCUGAAAAAUCACCCGUCGUUUCCGGACCCGGAUCUUGCUCCUGACAGAGACGCACUCAACUGUAUCCGUAUUCUGACUCGGCUCCUCCCCUUUGUCUUCGAGGCAGAACACUUGGAGGAGUGGAAGGAAAAGUUCUUUUGGGCACGUCGCAAGAAGAAGACCAGGCAGGCACAGGUUGCGGCCGAUGUGCUUUUUGAUGAAGCGCAAACUGAAGAGGGGGGAAAUGAGGGAUCCCCGCGGACUGAUGAAUAUGAAGAUGUGAAACCGUUGGCAGAGGAGUUGGUCGACACUUUGCUCGAGCUUUUGUUCUUCACGGACUUUACCAUUCCCAGACUUCCAACGACAAAAAGCAAGGUUUCCUUUUCGAUUUGGCAGAGCGGUGUUGGUUGCAACACUUCCAUGGGGUCGAAUAAAGAGCUGGAAAGCAACCGUUGCGAGAUCCUCCGGCUGUUGCUCACAUUGACGGGAGAGGCGAUGUACAUGCCUUCUAAUAUAUUGCCGGUGCAAGGUGUGAGGGUUAUCACAUACAUCACAACUUGCUCUGACAAGCAGGCCGUCCUCACCCUAUUAUGCUCGCUGUUGAAUACUGCAGUUAAAUACAACCCUGCUUCCUGGAGAGUGCCAUAUGACCAUGUGGUGUGGAAAGAUCCCAAACAAAUUCUGGUCAUAUACUGCUUGCAAUUUCUUCUUGUUCUACUUCUAUACCCUAUUCCUGAGGAUGGCCGCGGAAGUCCACCAAAGAACUACUACCGUCACUACUUUGGGCGAUUGCAUCGGCCCCAAGAUUUUCAAUUUCUUGUUGACGGAAUGACCAGGAUUCUGAACCAACCGAUGCAAGCGACAAACUCCUACCUCCCCGGAAGCCAAAGAUCUGUCAAGUGGGCACCCGAGAUGCUGGUUCUCUUCUGGGAAGCCUUGCAGUGCAACAAACGAUUCAGGUCAUUUAUCAUUGACUCGAACCGCUCGCACGACUUCCUGAUUUUGUGCAUCUUCUAUUCCAUUGAGUACAGGUGCGAUCCUGCCAAGCAGGGUGUCGUCCGGAUGUGCAUUUUCAUUUUACAAACCAUGAGCGUGGAGGCCAAUUUUGGAAAGAGCUUGAAUAAGAAAUUUGAAGCGCAAGAAACCUUACCGCUUAACAUUCGUAUCCCGGGAUUCAAGGGCUCUUAUGCCGAUUAUCUGAUCAUGUCCAUUCACACUCUCAUCACCGCAAGCAAAGGGAAUUUGAACGCUGUAUACCCAGCUCUGCUGGCAAUCAUAAAUAACAUAGCCCCAUAUGUGGAGCAUAUGUCCCCAGGAGCAUGCUCAAAGAUCCUGCAGCUUUUCUCGUCCAUGUCAGCACCUAGUUUCUUACUCGCUAACGAGACCAACCAUACGCUUCUUUCUUCUGUGCUUGAAUCUAUCAACUCGAUUCUCGAGCAUCAAUUUACUAAAAACCCGUACCUCGUUUACGCAAUCCUAAAGUAUCGCAAACGUUUCGAGGCGGUCCGCGCUUUUACACUUGAAAGUGGCCAGCAAGAAAUAGAGCGUCAAAAUGAGAAGAAAAAGGCCGACAAUGAGUCGAACAACAUUGUGUCUAGCCCGACACUUUCACAGUCUGAAGAGGACCUCCAUGGCUCUUCAGAUGCACGAUCAGCAUUGACUCGUAUUCCAGAAGAGAAUAGCCCCUUUGCAAUCGGUGGGGAUGACGAUUCCGACGAUGAGCGAGAAGAACACAAUACCCCAUCCCAGUCUUCUCCUUCACUUGAAAAUUCCCGAAGGACCUCCACUUCGUCGACCUUGGACGAGAGCGUCCCUCUGCAAUUGCGCGGGAUGUCCGAGAAGGCGCGGGGUAAAAUGCCAGCUGGGCAGCCAUCCUUUUCUAGACAGAACAGCAUGACCAGCCAAAGUAGCAUGUCUAUCCCUUUCCCGGUGUCUUCCAGUGGCUUCACACCCACAGCAUCUUGGAUCGAAUCCUGGUUGCAUGAGCUUCCCCUUCACACUAUUCUUACGAUCAUCUCGGUCAUCACUCCCCACGUUCCUGACACUGCUUUCCAGUCAGCUUCAAAUCCAGAGGCCCGAACUUUGAUCGCAAACAUUCAUUCCUUUGUGGAGGACCCGAUGAUCCAGAACUUCAUCGUUGAGCCUUCACCAGUUCGUGUACAUUCAUUUGAAUGGUCAGCUCUUUCAAUGGGCUGGUACGAGUCUUUACUUUGGGGAUUUAUCUUCUCGAGUGAGAUGGUCGUGGGCUCUGCGUCCGGCGCCACCCCCGGAACAGUCGGAGUGUGGAAUGGAACUAGUAUCAAGCUAUUUAGGGUCCAGGAAGCAGCCGCACAGGGCCCUACGCUGCUUGCGCCUAAGGGUGCCGUCGAUGCUGUUGGAAGCAAUUUGGUCCAGCGCAUCGGAAACCUGAGUCUGAGACGUAACAGUGGACAAGAGUCCCAGAACGGUUCCAGACCCCCGAGCAUUCGAGAAGUCUAG